GCGCUAGCGCGGGCGCGUCUCCGCUCCCUCCAUCCGCUCGGUUCAGUUUCCCGCCGUGUCUCCCUCGCGCCACUCUACCACGAAAACAAACCGCUUACUGCGAGCCUAGGGUUCUUCUGCUCCGCCCCAAAUCGCCGCAAUCCCUCUCGCUCUCCUCUCCGUCAUACAGUUCUUGGAUCGCAUGGCGACCAGCGACGAACUCGCCCAGGUCGACAUCUCCACGGAGGAGAAGGACAAGCUGGUGGCCGAGGUGAUGCGCUACGCGCUCUUCAAGACGCACCAGAACUCCGGCUGCCCCAUCAAGCGGGAGGAGCUCACGCAGAUCAUCACCAAGAACUACCGCCAGCGAGCGCUCCCUGCGCUCGUCAUCAAGGAGACUGGGGACAGGCUUGCCGCGACCUUCGGCUAUGAGAUGAGGGAGCUCCAGAGGACCCGCUCCACGUCCACCCGCUCUGGACGCCCCUCCUCCCAGCAGCCCAGUAAUCAGGACGCAAAGAGCUACGUCCUGGUAAGUAAGCUGGACCCUGAGGUGUACAGCAAGUAUGUCGAGGAUAAGGAGCGUGCCCAUGUGUCUGGAUUUGCUUUUGUUGUCAUAAGCAUUGUUCAUGUCGCUGGUGGCAAGAUCUCUGAAGAGGACCUUUGGCGUCAGCUUAAACGGCUGGGCUUAAACGAGACUGAUGAGAACCACCCUGUUCUCGGCAACAAUAAGCAGGCGCUUGAACUACUAGUGCAACAAAGGUACUUGCUGAAGGAGAAGAUUGCUGGUCCAGAAGGCCAUUCCAUGGUUUAUGAGCUUGCAGAGAGGGCAUUGGAUGAAUCCAUCAGCUCGAAGCUUAAAGAAUACAUUUCACAGGUUGUGGGCGUCAGUACAGCUACAGCAGAAUGAAGUGCAUAUGAUGGAGCAACCAUCAGGUUCUGCGUUGACACGCCGCUCUUUGCUGCCGACCGUUGCAACCACCUCCACCCUCGACCAACAUUGUCGCCCUGGCCUAAGCGCACAGUAAGACAUGUGACCUGUAUGCAACGGCGUUGCGGGGGAGGAAGGAGGCAACGUUCCUCAUUGUGCCACAGCUGCUUCUUCCUCCUUCACGGAGAUGUCUCGACGUCCCCACCUUCGAGGCCGCCGACGACUUCUACAUGUGCAACACCAAUAAGUUGUUCGCUGAAAUGCAGGAAUGGUACUUUUUUCUUGUUUUUCAUUUGUUUAAUUUUUGCAAAAUGCCAUCAUAAUUUUAAAUGGCAAUUUCCAAAGCUCGUUUGGUUCACAUUUGCUAUUAUGUAGCGAUCAAUCAUAUGUCAAUAUGAUGAACGAGUCGGUGGACUCUUUGUCCAUGCCGAAGUGGGAAUGUGAACGGUAAUGGGAGUGAGGGGUGUUGCUCUAUGUUUGAUCUGCAUGUUUAGGUGAAUCAUAUGUUGCAUGUUAUGUUUACUUCGAGUCAUUUGGACCAUUUGUUAUGUUUACUUUGAAACAUUUCAAGGAUUUGC